AUGAGAGUGAACAGUGGCCAUACCAUCUUAUACUCAGGACAUGAUGACAAACAUCAAAGUGAAGUGGCAAUAAUGAUAAGCAAAGAAAAGAUCAAAACACUACUUGAGUGGGAGCCAAUCAAUGACCGUUUAAUUAGAGCACGUUUCAACUCCACGUACUGUAAACUUACAAUCAUACAGUGCUAUGCACCAACGAAUGAUGCGGAAGAAGAAAUUAAAGAUUACUUCUACGAACAACUUCAGAUGGUCGUAUCUAAGGUUCCUCAGCACGACAUGAUGUUGAUGAUAGGCGAUCUGAAUGCAAAAGUGGGUGCUGACAACACUGACUGCAAAAGAUCAAUGGGCAAACAUGGUUGUGGAAUACGCAAUGAUAAUGGAGAACGCCUUAUUGACUUCUGCCUUAACAACAACCUGGUGAUAGGGGGAACCAUAUUCCCCCACAAGGAUAUACAUAAGUUAACUUGGAAAUCUCCAGAUGAAAAAGACAAAGAAGCGAAAAGAAGUGCAAGAAAAGACAAAAGAAUGCACCUUGACAACCUUGCAAAAAGAGCAGAACAUGCAGCUUCUCAUGGAGAAAUGAGCGUUGUGUAUAAGAUAACUAAACAGCUAUGUGGUAAAAAUACAACCCAACCAGCUCUUGUUAAGGACAAAGACGGCCACCCACUAUCGACAGAUCAUGAACAGGCCAAAAGCACAGCAGAUAAGAAGAGAGGUAUCCAGUGGACUAUGUUCAGCAACCUAGAGGACCUAGACUUUGCAGACGACCUGGCAGAGAUCUCAGGGAACAAGACCCAUCUACAAGAAAAAACAGAUCAGCUGUGCCAAACAAACUGGUCUUAA